AUGUAAAAUAAUAACAGCUUUGAAUAUUAAUCAAGUUAAGGUAAAAGAGAAAUUAUGCUCUAGUAAAUUAUAUUAGAAUAAAAAUAGAAAAUAAGAGAUUUAGAAUUACAAACUUAAAAAUAAUAAACACCUCCUAUGUAUAAAUAAUAAUUAUUGGAAUGUACUAAUUAAUUAGAAGAAAGUAAAAACAUAAUUAAAUAAUUACUUUAAUAAAAAGAUCAAUUAACAUAAAAAAUAUAAACUAUUGAAUCUGAAAUGGAAAUAUAAUAAACUUAAGCUGUCUUAGAAUAAUAAAAUCAAUAUAAUUAAAAAAUUAAAUAAUUAUAACAUGAAAAUUAAUUAUUGUAAGAAGAAUUAUAACAAUUCUAACCAUUAUCAAAAGCAUUAAAUAAUUAUACUCAAGAAGAAAAAUAUAUUUAAUAAAUUAACAUUCUCUAUGAUUUCUUAACUUAGUGGUAAAAAUAGAAUAUGUCAGAAUUAGUUUAUUAUAAAAGAGAAUUAGAAAUAUAAAUUAAUUAAAAAGAAGUAUUAAAUUCAAAACAUAUUGAAGAAAAAAAAGAACUUACUAAUUAAUUGAAUUAAAGAAUUAAAUUAGAUCAAUAAAUUUAAAAUGAUGUAAUAUUACAAUUAUAAGGUACUCUUUAAGAAAUUUCUAAAUUCUAAACAGAAAUUAAAUAAUUUAAACUUUUCAAUGGAAAUUAUUAAAAAAUUGAAGAAUCUUUAAAUUAAUAAAUUGAAAAUCUUAAACCAAUUUAAACUAUUCAAUAAAUUUCAUAGAUUAAAUCUAAUUAAUCUUAAUAUGCUACAAAAAUUGAGAAUAAUUAACAAGAUGAUUAAAUUGCUUAUCUUAAAGCAGAAAAUGAAUAAUUAAAAUAAGCAACAGAAGAUAUUAAAUAAUUAUCAUUGUUAAGAGAAAAAACAUUAAAAUAAGAGAUUUAAAGAAAUAAAGAUAAAUGUGAAUAUCUAACAUAAUAAAUUGAAAUAAGAGAAAAACAUUAUAUUUAAGAUUUAUAAAAAAUUAAAUAAUAUAUUGAAUAAAUAGAGAAAAAUUAUGAAUCAAGGGAAAAUUUCUAUAAAUUUAAUAGUGAAGAACUUUAAUAAUUACUAGAUAAUUUCAGAAAUAUUACAUAAUAGAUCUCAAAUGAAUUAAGAAGUAGAAAAGGUAAUGAACAUAUUAAGGAAUGUAAGGAUUUAUUGACUAAAUUAGUUCAAAGUAAAUCAAAAUAACCAAAAUAAAUUAAGAGUUUAGAAAAAUUAGAAACUAUUUGUAAAGAUUUAUUAAAAAAUUAAUAAUUAAUCAAAUAAAAUGAAGAUUUAAAAGAUCUUAUCAUAGAUGUUAGUAAAUAAAUUCUGAAUUCUUAAGAAUACAAAUAAUAAACUAUUAUUUUAUUUGAAGCACUUGAUUAAUUAGAAGGGAUAAUCACUAGUCCUAAUAAAAGAGUUGAUGAUUUAUUAGAUUUAUUUCAUAAAGAAUUAUAAUCACUAACUAAAUUAAGAGAAUAGACAUAUUAAAAUAAUACCAUUUAUACAUAGAUAUUAGAAAUAAUUAAAGAAAAAUAAGAUACUCCAACAGUAUAAAUUAGUAAUUAAAAAGAAGUGGAACAUAUUUCUUAAUUGAGAUAAUUAGAAUAAGAAUAAUAUAAAAAAGAAAUUGAUAUAGCUAUUAAUAGAAGUUAAAAAUUAUUAGAAGUUUAAGAAAUGAAAAUUAAAAAUCUUGAGUAUUAAAUAAGAAAAUAAGAAUAAUAUAUAAAUUAAUAAUAUUAAUCGACAUCAUCUUAAUAGAAUGAAAUGGAUGUAUUAAUUAAAUAACAAAAUAAGUAAAUUAUUAAAUUAUAGAAAUAAUUAAAUGAAGUUUAAUAACAAAGAGUUUAAGAUAAAAAAGAUCUAAUUAAACUUAUAUAAGAUAGUGAAUCUAAAUAAAUAGAUAAUUAAAAUAAAAUAUUAAAACAAAUAGAUACAAAAUAUAAUAAUAUUGUUGAUAUUGUUAAUAAAAAAUUAAAUAAAUUAAUUAAACAAGAUUAAGUUUAAAAUAAUGAGGAAUAAUCAAAAAUAAUACAUUAAGAUACUAAUUCUCAAAUUAAAUAAUUGAUUAAAAAGGAUUAAGAGAGAGAUCAAUAAUAUUAAUCAUAAUUAGAAUAAUUGAGACAAGUUAUUGAUGAAUUAAAAAAUAAUAUCUAGAAUCUUCAUGCAGAAAAAGGAGAAUUAAUUUAAUAAUUGGAUGAACUUAGUAAAGUUGUCCAAACUUAAAAGAAGGUUUACUAUUCAUUUCGUUAAUAAUAAUAAUGA